GGAAGCGCUGCAGCGCCAACUCGACGAAGUGGAGGCGCUGCACGCAGUGUACCCACGUGAGGGCGCUGACGGGUUGGUGCUGACAGAAGAGCAAGAGGGGGUGCUCCUGCUAGCCCGCGAGGUUGUGGAGGCGGCGGGCGCUGGUGCUGCCACGGGGCCCGCGCACAGCAGCCACGACCUGGACGCACUGCCGCUCCUGUCCGGCACCGUGAGGUUAGGGUGGGAUGGAGGCGCUGGAGAUGUCGCGGCAACUUAGCAUGUGGCCGCCCCGGCUGCUGUUGGGCGGGCAGCCUGUGGCGUUGCGGUUCGUGCUGCCGCGGGCCUACCCAUUGCCAGCGCCGGGGCCAGGGCCAGGGCCAGUACACCGCCAAGAGAGGGAAGGCACGGCCACUGUAACGGGCAGAGAGGACGAGGCGGACCAGCUGCUGGCGCACUGCGCGCAACUGGCGGUGGAGUGCAGCGCGCCCAGGCACGUGCAUGAGGCUCUGAGUGGUGCGGUGAGGGCAGCGGCGCAGCGGGAGGUGGCGGCGGGUGGCGGCGAGUGCCUGCUGCUGGCCCUGGAGGCACUGCGGGAGGCAGUGGCAGAGGCAGAGUCAUUGGCAACGGCUGGUAGCUGCUGCGGGGAACCCACUUCAAAGUGGCCUGCGGGCAGUGGCAGCAGCAGCACAACCGCUGCAGACAGGAGCACCAGUAAUGAAGCCAGCACCUGCGGGUUGCUGUGUGUUCUGGUGUGGCUACACCACCUCAAGUCGCUCACCAAGCGAAAGCUCAUCGUGCAGUGGGCGCGGGAGCUGUCACUGGCGGGGGCAGUCAAGCCGGGCUUCCCAGGUGUGGUUGUGGUGGAGGGCUUGGAGCCGGAUGUGCGGGAGUUCUUGGCGCGUAUGCGGUCCCUCACCUGGCAGGCUAUGCAGGUGCGAGGGGAGGACCUGCUGCCGCUGUCGCCUGCUGAAGCAGCUUCGCUGACAUGCGGGAGAGCUGCGUCAGGGGCCGCCGGCACUCCAAAGAUGGCGGGGUUAGGCGCGUUGAAACCCCAGGAGCCGACGAGACGGCUGUGCGGGUCAUUCAAGGAGCUGGAUGAGAGCGGCAUGGGGCAGCUGGGGGAGAUGUGCAGAGAGGGUGGAUUGCAGCAUAUAUUUUUGACCGCUCUCAAGCUGUGAGUUGGACCAGUGCUCUCACCUUGCAUCUUUGUGCCUCGAAUCCGCCGAAGGCGGAGUAAAAGUUUUGGGUUUGGGGCCGCGCUUCUACGGAGCGUAGACAUUUGUGACGAGGCUUUAGCGGUAUCUAAGACGUUUUGAGGGGCUUGCCCCAGAAGUAGGGGUUGGUCCUGGCAACUUGCACCAAUGUAACUAGCGGAUUGUCAUCUAGGUUGGAUUGGAACGUCCUUCGGGAGCAAGCCUACUAUAGCUAGAGUAGGCCGACGGCGAUGCAGGCGGCACGCCCCUGGGGUUCAGAGCAGGGUGAUCGCUUUCUGCGUCAGUAGGCCCCUCUUGUAACAAAUGAAAUGA